AUGGUGGCCGCAAUGUAUGUGCUGAGUUGGAUGAAGUCAGCCUUCAUCAUUAUUUACCACCAUAGCCUACUAUUCAUGAUAAAUGCUAUUUUCGGGUUUUUGAUCACCAAAUUUACAUUGAGAGGCGCCGUGCCUCGAUCGACGAGCUCGUCCACGACCCUGGAGUUUUGUUCGUCGACGAGCGACUUUCGACUUCCGGCCUCGACUCCUCCGCCCUCCACGUUGUCUCCGGUCGGCCGCCGUGGCGGCCGAAAAAACCUUCGUCCUCACCGUCCACCAGUCGGGCUCUCGAAUCCUCGACAACCUAAUCCUCGUCUCGAACUGGCUCGUCGUUCAUCAAGGCCCGCUCGAGUCCGUCUCUGCCCCGCCGGCCUCGUCAUCCCCCUGCGCCACGUAAACAUCCUCGAGUUCUCCAUCGAAAUCGAAACCGACACUCUAUCAUCAUCUCACCAACAAACGAUGAUGACGAUCGAGCGUCGGCCCGUACUCGCGGGCCCCACGAUGAAUUUCUACGCAAACUCCCGGCUCGACGAGAUGCUCGUGCUCGGACACUGGUUCCGGAAGAACAUAUUUCGGGCGAGGGAGCUCUUCGAGGCGCGGGCCGUUCAAGCGGCCGUCGUGGGGUGCGCGCUAGGGACCGUGUACAUGAACGCAUGGGAAAAAAACUCAGGAGUACUCCUCGAGACGCGGCUCGGGUUCUUCACGUUCACGUUAAGCUACCUGCUGACGUCAUCAACCGAGGCGCUACCGAUAUUCCUACGGGAGAGGAAGGUGCUUGAGCGGGAGGUCUCAUCCGGAGCCGUGCCCGUUUAUUGGCUUGUCGGGCUCAGGCGGGACGUGGACGGGUUCGUCUACUUCGCGCUGGUCGUGGGGGCGGUGGUGAUGGCGUCGAACUCGUUCACGGCGUGCUUUAGCAUGCUUGUACCGGAUUUCAUUGUGGGGUCGAGCGUUAUAGCCGGGCUGAUGGGCUCGUUUUUUCCUGUUCUUGGGGUAUUUUGUGGCGAGGGAGGAUAUGCAGAGGUACUGGGUUGUGAUGCACUAUUUGAGCCUUUUCAGGUACCCGUUCGAGAGCAUGGUGAUGAAUGA